AUGGGUCAGAGUGGAUCGAGAGAGGGGCAGAUACUUUACGCCGCGGUGAUCGGCAACACGUCAGCCAUCCGAGAGCUGGUUUCACGUGGAACCAGCGUCAACUGCGUGGAUUCCCAGGGUCGCACGCCGUUGAUUCUCGCCAGCGGCCAGGCAGAGGGCUUUGAGGCUGCGAAACUUCUGUUACAGAUGGGCGCUCUUGUUCGCGCCUACUCCAAAGGUCCAGGAGGGGGCAUGGCCAUUCACUAUGCCGCUCGUAAGAAGCUCGAUGCCAUGGUGAAGCUGCUUCUGGACCAUGGAGCGGACCCCCUUUUCCCCAACGAUGAUAGAAAAACCGCUCUCGACCUGGCGAGAGAGAGAAAUGAAACUUCCGUCGUCAGACUCAUAGAGAGCCGGGUGGCAUUGUUCGAAGGCUAUGUGCGCCAGCAGACCCUCUCGGCACUGUCGCUAGUGAAAGAAUUUAGAAUCUGGGUGGCAGUGCUUCCAGGGCCCACCAUGAGUGACGGACGCCAGACAUUCCGCCUCGCUCUCUACCGAUCCAUGGCUUUUGGCGUGCCCUAUUUCAACAUAGCACUACACGUGUGCCGCAUUCACAUGACCAAGCUGGACUCCGCCAACCCUGUACUCGUUAUAGAGGACCCCGUUCAUGGGAAUAAUGGCAAGUUGAAGCUCGUGAGCGACUUGGACUCACCCGACCCCUUGCAGAUAUUCCGCCUGCACGACGCCUGUCGUGGAACACCACGGAUAUUGCGCCUUUUGAGACGUCUCAAAAGACCCCUCCCAGAUAUUGCGCCUGCACUACACCUGCCGAGGAACGCCACGGGUGAUUCCUCUCUUCCCUCUCCCCCUUCUAUCCCCUCAUUCUUCCCUCCUAACAAUCCUUCCUCCUCUCACUCUUCCUUUUUUUCUCACUCGUCCCUCAUCUCUCAUGCUACCCUCCCUCUCACUCUUUCCACCCUCUCACUCUUUCCACCCUCUCACUCUUUCCACCCUCUCACUCUUCCACCCUCUCACACUUUCCUCAUUUUCACUCUUUCCUGCCUGUCACUCUUUCCACCCUCUCACUCUUCCCUCCCUCUCACUCCUUUCCACUUGUCACUCUUUCCUCCCUCUCACUCUUACCACCCUCUCACUCUUCCCUCCCUCUCACUCUUCCCUCCCUCUCACUCUUCCCUCCCUCUCACUCUUCCCUCCCUCUCACUCUUCCCUCCCUCUCACUCCUCCCUCCCUCUCACUCCUCCCUCCCUCUCACUCUUCCCUCCCUCUCACUCUUCCCUCCCUCUCAAUCUUACCUCCCUCUCACUCUUUCCUCCCUCUCUCUUUCCUCCCUCCCACUCUUUCCUCCCGUCUCUCCUCACUCUUCUUCUGCAUGCUGCGCGCGUGGUGAACGUGCACGCAUGGCAGGAUGACGUGGACGAGGACACGGCGUUCCAGCUGGCGCUCUCUGAGUCGAUGCGCACCGCCAGCAUUGCCAGCUCUGCCCGAGCCGAUGCCCCUGGUGCUUCUGGUUCCACUUCCACUGCUGCCCAGGGCAUGAGCAGAGGGGAGGAAGGAGCAGACGGCUUUAUUCUCACCUAUUCCUCCUCCGAGCCCCAGCCCAGAUCUGGCCGCUCCCUCUCCUCCUCCUCUUCUGCUGCGGCUGCAGUACCAUUCACUGCGUUGCAUCGUUCUUCCAGGUCCGUUUCAGCCUCUGCUGACCGCCACCCGUUUGUCCCACCUGCUGCCCCCAUCCCCUCUUCCUCCGCUGCUGCCGGCACUUCUUCUGGCGUUGCCGCUGGUCCUGCUGCUGGCACUGCAGCUGGUUCAGCCAGUACAGCCGGAACAGCUGGCUUUGCUGCAGCAGGGGCGGAAGGGGGUCGAAUGCGCGACGAGAUUGCGAAUCAGUUCUCCUCUGUGGCACCGGCGCUCAACCGAGCACCAGCAGCAGCCGUGUCGUCGCUCUUUGCCUCCGGCCCACCGUCAGCACCCCCAGUGGACGCUCCUGCUUCCGCAGCAGCAGGACCACAUUCGUCAACGCCAGCAGCCCCGGCGGCAGCACCAGCAGGAGCAGGAGCAGGAACAGGAGCAGGAGCAGGAGCAGGAGAAGAAGCAGGAGCAGCAGCAACAGGAGCAGAAGUAGGAGCAGAGGCAAAGGCAGGAGUAGCAACAACAGUAGGGGCACCAUCAUCAUCAUCAGCAGCAGCAGCAGCAGCAGCAGCAGCAGGGGCGUCUAAAGAGGGUCGGUGUGUGAUUUGUUGGGACUCAGCAGCGCUUUCAGUGUGUGUGCCCUGCGGGCACGUGGCGGGGUGUGUGGAGUGUCUCACUAAGGUUAGAUCCAAGGGCUGGGGCUGCCCUGUGUGCCGAGCUCCCAUUCGAGAAGUGGUGAAGAUUUUCCAUGUUUAG